AUGAGUUGUAUUCGAAUUGCUGCCAAGGUACAACCUGCUAAGCAGGCAAUCAUUGUAUUCCAUGGGCUGGGGGACACGGGUAUGGGCUGGACCUUCCUGGCAGAACAUUUGCAAAAGAACGAGAGAUUCCAACGUACAAAUUUCAUCUUCCCCACUGCUCCCACCGUUCCUGUAGCUAUGGCUGGUUGCAGAAUGCCAUCAUGGUUUGAUCUGUUUGAGCCAGGUUUUGAUACUGAUAAAUGGGACGUUGAUGGAAUCAAGAAAUCGCUAAAUAUCUUGAACGGAUACGUUAAGGAGCAAAUGGAUGCAGGGAUCACAUCUAAGAAUAUUGUUGUUGGAGGUUUUUCACAAGGGGCUGCCUUAACUCUAGCGUCUAUUAAGUUCCUACCUUGGGAAAUGGCUGCGUUUGUGUCUCUAUCUGGGUUUGUCCCAAUGAAGAAGUCGCUGAGAGGUAUGUCUAAUAAUGUCAAUCGCUCGACACGUGUGUUCCAUGGACAUGGUGGUAUGGAUAUGAUGGUUCCCCACGAAAGAGCAGAAGAGGCUCGUAGUUUCUUCAAAGAUGAAUGCUCCAUGCAGAACUAUGAGUUGCAUACGUAUCCAAUGAUGGAGCACAGUGCUUCCGAACCAGAACUCGAAGACCUGGAGAAGUUUCUUUCAGAAGUCUUUGAUGCUGUCAAAUCAGAAUAA